AGCCACUGAAAGGGAGGCCCUGCACGUACAUAAGUAAGAUUCCUAACCUUUCCCCAUGUACAUAUCUAUCGACGGAGAAUUCCCUCAAGCCAGAUUUGGAAUCAUCUCACCGGUCGAUCGGCACCUAUUUAUACGCUACGGGUCGAUCGGUCAUGUACAUCUCACACCAUCGACCAUCACACGGACAUCAGUUAUACCGAACCGAUCGACCUGUGCCACCUGAUCAUGGCGACCAAGAUGCAGGCCGCGGCUGCAGCUGAUCAGGAGCUGGAUCCCAAGUACGAGUGGCAGGAGAAUGCCGCCAACUUUGUCCUCCGCCUCCACCUCUCAGGCUUCAGGAAAGAAGACUUCAGGGUGCAAGUGGACGGCGCGGGCCGCCUCACCGUUAGCGGCCAGCACGCCGACGGUGGCAAGCUUUCCCGCAUUCACAAGGUGUUCCAGCUGCCUGCAGCUUCCAACCUCGACGACAUCAGCGGCCGCUUCUACGCCGGCGUCCUCACCGUCACCGUGCCCAAGCACCCCGCUGCACCGACGGCCAACGUACUAGAGGAGAUCAAGAAGCAACCAAAGGAGCUCGACGGGGCAAAGCCAAAGGCGCUGGUCGACGAGGCCAAGCCAGAGGUGGAGACCAAGAGGCCGCCCAAGGACGAAGGCAAACCAAAGGACGACGCGAAGAAGCAGGCCGAGCACAAGGAAGAGAUCAUGAAGCCAAAGGAGGACGCCAAGAAUACUGAACAGAUCAAGGAGGAGGAGGAGGAGGCCAAGAGAAGCAAGCGAGAGCAAGAGCACCACAAGACGGCGCCACCAGCCGUGAGGAAGGAGGAAGGGAAGCCAAAGGUCGAGGAUGCAGCCGCCGCACCAGCCCAGAAGAAGCAGGCGGAGCCGGAGGCCACGGUGGUUGAUCGGGAUAGCCUAGCGGAGAGGGUGAGGCGCCGCGACGACGAAGAGAGGGUCAAGGCAGCGGCUGCGGCAGAGGAAGCUGAGCGCGAGAGGACAACGGCGCGCUGUGGCUGGAAGGAGCGCGUGGCAGAGGGGCUCACCGGCACCGAGUGGGCGGAAGGGUUGGUGGAGACGGUCAAGAAGAACAAGGAGGUGAUCGCAGCAGCCGUCGCCGCCUUCUCGAUCGGCCUCUUCGUCUCCCGCAGGCUCUUCUCCAGGAACUAAUCAUGCGUGUCGAUCCGCAGCUGAUGCGUCACAUGUACAUACACACACUAUAUGUAGAUACACACUUACAGAAGCCAAAAUGUGAAAAGUAAGCAUGUUUGUAAGUGUGCGAUAGACCACAGCAUCUGUUAAGUUGGAUACUUGGUUAAAUAGGCUUGCAUUUUCACUGGUGAAAUAUAUCGGAGAAUACAAUAAUUGCGGCCUGAAGGUGACAAAAAUUUCAUUAGCCAACAUCUAUCCCAAGCUCCAUACGCAAAGUUCUAAUCUAUCUGGGCGCAGUUGGAGUUGACCAUCUCCCAGCUCCAGCUGCCGCACGC